UGCCCGCCGCCCCGAGCCCGCCGCUCCGAGCCCCUCCCGCCCCUGUCCGUGCCCCGGUUGCGCGGCUGCGGAGCGGGGCUGGGUGUUCUGCCCCCCUCCCACGUGCCCCGGCCGCCGUGCGCGGGCAUUCCCCGCCAUGGAGCGGGCGCUGCUGCCCCGCGUGUGCCGGGCCCUGUGGCUGUGCCGAGCCGGGCUCCGGUUCUGCUCCACCCGCGGGCCCUCGGCCCCGAGCGGGGCUGAGGAAGGGGCGCCCCGAGGCCGCGAUUCCCCCGCAUCCCUCCCGCAGCACCCGGGGGCCGUGCUGGCCUCCGGCCGCGCCCGUGGAGAUCCGGGACAGCGGGAGCAGAGCGGGGCCGGGCGGGGGUCGCGGACCGGCCAGGAGCUGCUGCGGGCACAGCAGGACUUGCCCCGGGCCGGGAAGGGGAAGGGGCCGCAGCGAAAGGCGCUGUCCCUGGAGAGGACUAAAGGCUCCGAGAUCCUGUUCGGGACCGCGCCGUGCUGGCUGGCGCUGGCCCAGGCGCGGAGGGCCCUGUUCAGGCUGUUCCUCAAGCACAGCAGCGGCUCCGCGCGGCCCGUGAGGGGCGAGUUCGCCCUGCAGGCGGCGGCCCGCGGGGUCCCGGUGCUGCACGUCUCGGGCCGGGAGCUGGACGUGCUGUGCCGGGGCCGGCCCCACCAGGGCGUGUGCCUGGAGGCCUCCCCGCUGCCCUUCAAGAGCCUGCGGGAUGCUGAGGAGCCGCAGCUGGGGGAUGGACAGAGCGGGAGGCGGCAGCUGCUGUGGCUGGUGCUGGAGCACAUCCAGGAUCCCAUGAACCUGGGCGCCCUGCUGCGCUCCGCGUACUUCCUGGGGGUGGACAGAGUGGUGGCGAGCCACAGGAACAGCUGCCCCUUGACUCCCAUAGUGAGCAAAGCCAGCGCCGGAGUCAUGGAGGUGUUCGAUGUGUACGGCACAGAUGAUCUCCAGGGCUUUUUGAAGGCUAAAAGUGCAGAAGGCUGGGAAGUGGUGGGAACAGUCAGCAGGCCUGGGAAUGUGGAAGAUGUUCCUGUCAUCAGCUGCUCGGAAUUCCGGUGGGAUAAACCCAUUAUUGUAGUAAUAGGCAGUGAAGGGGAGGGCCUUUCCCUGGAGACCCAGCUGCAGUGCCAGCAGAUGCUGGCCAUCCCCCCCGGCAGGGCGCUGCACCCCAGCAUCGACUCCCUCAACGUCUCUGUGGCUGCAGGUAUCCUCCUGCACUCCAUCUGCAGCCAGAAGCGGAGGCACGGAGACUGAAAUCCUCUUUAUUUGGUGGAUGAAGCUGCUUGGUGUGGAUAUGGAAAUGCUCUUCCCAGAGUCUCCACCAUCACUGUGAGUGCCAGGGAGAGCCCCAGACCUGAGCUGCAUUUUAGCUGCUGCAAGAGCCGCCAGAUCCCUGACUUAGCACCAAAGGCAGACACCUGAUGUCGUAGGUAACUCCUGGGAGGAGCAGCUGUGGGAAGGCAGCCAGGUCUGGGAGCAGCCAGUUUUGGCAGGAGAACACCCAGGGAUGGCUGCCAGCUCUGUGCGGUGCACAGGGGACUUUGUGCAUCACUUGAACCGUGGGGACAAUUUGGGCUGUGGGUGAAAGUGCCACUGAGAGCAGCCCUGAACCCUUCCCCUGUGCUUGGGAACCACUGCAGCUGGUUUUUCUGUGUUUGGUUGUAAACCAGGUGUGCAGCCCUGCCAAGGAGUGGGGGGGAAAUGCAGCCCGUGGAAAUAAAGCUUUUGUAAAGAUUG